AUGCCGCCUCACGGGGGCCGCUUCCCCGGUCACAACCUCUCGAAUCCCUUCGCGCAUCUCUCGGGCCCAAUACCACAGCAGCAGCAACAACCGCUGCACCAGCAACACCAGCAGCAGAACAUGCAACAUGGAGGCUUCGGCGGCGGCAACCAGGCACACAAUCUGAACCUCUUCGGCCAACAUCAGGGCGGCUUCCAAUCAAAUGCACCGCUGGGUGGUGGACUGGGCGGAGCCGGGCUCGGGGCAGCAGCAGCAAUUGGCGGGGCAGGCGGAGGCACAGGACUCGACGGGCAUGAAGCGCGUAUGAGAUUUGCCCACGGCGCGCAAAUACAAGAGAAUGCUGCUCGUGGUCAGGACGGCGCUAAAGGCAUUGCAGGACAGCGGAUACGAGAGGUCUGGCGGUCGAAUCUGCACCAGGAGAUGGACAUGCUGCGCUCGCUCAUCGACCAGUACCCCUACAUCAGCAUGGACACCGAGUUCCCCGGUGUUGUCGCGCGGCCUAUCGGAGACUUCAACUCGAAAGCCUCAUAUCACUACCAGACCGUGCGCUGCAACGUCGACUUGCUCAAGAUCAUCCAACUCGGCGUCACCCUCUUCAACGUACAAGGCGACAUCCCGCCAUCGCAUCUCGACAUUACAGACCUAAACUACAAGCCAAAAUCGUUGCAGCGACAUGCAAACAACAUCGUCGUCUGCCCAUGCACAUGGUCCUUCAACUUCCAGUUCUCCCUCGAAGAUGACAUGUACAACGAGGAGUCAAUACAGAUGCUUAAGAAGUCUGGCGCCGAUUUCGAAAAGCACAAGGAGCUAGGUAUCGACCCUGUCGAGUUCGGGUCAUUACUCACCACAUCGGGCAUGACUCUGUCGGAAGAUGUCAACUGGAUAUCGUUUCAUAGUGGUUACGACUUCGCAUACAUGCUCAAGAUGCUAACCUCACAAUCGCUACCCGAGGAUGAGGAUACGUACCGCAAGCUCGUCAAUGUCUUCUUCCCCAAGUUACUCGAUGUCAAGUACCUUUGGCGACAUGCGAACAACCUUGUUCGGCGCGGUGUUAUCGGAUCGACUGCGACCAAUAUACUCAACAAUCUAGGCACAAAGUCCGGCCUUCAAGAUCUCGCCGAUGAGCUCGGCUGCCAGCGUGUGGGCAACUCACACACAGCAGGAUCCGACGCAUGGCUGACAGGAGUCGUUUUCUGGGACAUGAAAAAGAAGAUAUUUGACGGAACCAUUCCCGACGAGAUGAGCGGCCAUAUGUGGGGUCUUACUGGUGUCGGACCACCAGCCAGCGCAACAGCGCAACAAGCUGUAAUUGCCGCACAGGGGGCUUCGCAAGGCUUGACAGGCUUCCAGCAGGGUGUCAACAACACCUUCUAUCCCGGAAACGCAAGGCACGGUGUCGACGGCCCAAGCACACCCACAAACCACCCAGCUGGUCUGGCGUCGAAUACUCCUGGACCCACAGGCAUGAUGACCCCGGGCGGAUACGGCGGCUACGGCAACAAGUAG